AUGUUCUCUAAAUUCAUCUCUAAUCUGGGAGUAGAUUACAAUCCAAUAGCUGAAAAACCUAAAUCUGUUAUUAGAAUAAGAUUUAAAGAUGUGGAAUUUGAAAGAUAAAAAUGUUCUUAAGGUAAUUGCCAAGCAAGUAAUUAAGGAGAUUUCAAACAGUCUACAAUUCUCUAGUAAAAUAUGAAAGAUCUAUCACCAAUCAAAAUGGCCAAAAACUAAUCUUAAAAAAAUUUGACAACAUUGGCACAAUUCCCUUUCUUUGGAAGCCAGAGGACAAGUAUAAGUGAUGCAAGUUCCUUUGGGCGUAUAGAAAAAUACAGAAACUCUAUUCAGAUAUCAAUGGCAACUUAGAAUAGAAUACUUAGAAAUAAUAGCGAGCAACUUUUACUUUUAUCUUAAUAAAACCAGAGAAGCAGAAAAAAUCAUAGUUAAUAAUGUCAAAAAAUAUCAAUCAUAAAAGAAAAAGCUGAAUUUCAAAGUAACAAUGAGUAAUCUCGGUAGCUUACAGCCACAACAUUUUAAAAUAACAGAGAGAGAUCUGAGGAACAUCUUGAUGUAAAGAUGAAAUCAAUCAUUCUCCCUUCUGCUGUAUCCGGAAGCUCAAAUAAUAAAUAUAUUACUUCUUCAUAGAAAAAUUCUAGAAAUAAUAAAUAGAAUUAAGAUCUUUAUUAGACUUAAACGUAUCAUAAUGGAAAAACCAAAUUUGGAGGGACAUUCCUAAAUAAUAUAGAGAAAUAAUUUUCAACAUCAAUAGCUAAUCCAGUAUCAGGGCAUACAGCUCAAAUAUAAAGCAAAAAAGAUUCCCUAAUAGAAUAAAAUAGACAGCGAAGAAGAAAUAUAAUGAUGAAAUUUUUCCCGAAGGAAUACAAAUUUUUACAGCAAUAACCUAAAUUGAAUGAAGAAUACCAAAUGAUAUUAGAUCCUAAAGCAAUUGCCAAAAAUUUUACUUUCAUGAGAUAAGAGACAAUUGAAAGUAAUGCCGAGUAAUCCUCAUUGACAAAGACAGCAAAUAUAAAAACUGAUCAGAAGCUCACGAAAUGGAAUCAUCUAACUGAUGAAGCUUUGCAAAUCAUUAAAAGUUUAAAAUCUGAUUCGUCAGAGACUAAAAAACUCUUUACUAAGACAAAGGAGCAAAUAUUGAAUCUCAACUAUAAUCUGAUUUAAGUGGUUCCAAAGCCAGAUGUUCAUUUUGAUCUAGUAGAAAAGAAGGAAAACUAUAUCAAACUAGGAGGUUUAGAUCAUGUGUUUGCCAAGAUUAGCCUUAGACAUCAGCCAUAGCCUUUGUAUAUCCUAGCUAUAAAAUAAAUUCCAAAAGAGUUUGAGUUUAAUAUGUACAUAUCGAGAAAGCAUAGGUUUCCAGAUUUCGAUAACUGUGAGAUUAGAAGAAAAAUAUCCAUUAGAUAUUCCUUCUAAAAAUACAAUAAGUAUGAUUUUAAAUUGCUAGAGUUUAAGCCAUAAAACAUUUCUUAUCUUGAACCAGGAAAAGAAAAUAAGAUAGAAUAAAAGAACUCAAGAUAGAUUUCAAAGAAGUUCCUAGUAAAUGAAAUAGGCCAUUCAAGAAUUUAUAAGUCAAAGGCCAUCUACUAUAGAAAAGAACUUCAAGCUAAGAAAAAUGAGAUUAAUAAAAAGAAAAUGAGGACCCUUGGCUGGAAAUCACUAUUGAUUCUGAAAUAAAAACUCAUGUUUGUUAGAGAUAACACAUAGAGAAGAAAAGAAAGCAAAGAAUUAGCCAUGAAAUAGUUUUAUUCAACUUUAAAGUUACUAAGAGUGUGGAGUAUUUAUGUUAAGAAAUUUGGGUUUCCUAAAUAGAUUCGUGAUCAAAGGCUAACUUAACAGUAUAAUAUUCUAAUAACUUUAAUCUAUUAGUUACUUUGUGUUGACCACAAAUACAAUAUAAGAUGCAGUAAUUUAAUUAGAUCAUAAAUCUAGCUCUCUGUAACUAGAGUAAAAAUGAUUGAGAAAUUGUGGAAUAAAACAUGUCUCGCAAUUUAAAGGGAAUUUCAGAGAAAGAAGUAAAAGUGUAAAAAGGACAAUCAGAUAUUAAAGAAUCUAUUUCUUGUCACUGAAAGUUUUAAGUAAAGAGCUAUUAAAGAGUAUCUCUUACAAUGCAAGAGAUAGUAUGUCAUAGCUAUCAAUGAAUGGUUUGAAAAGCUAUAGAAAUUUCAUCAGAAUAAUUAGACUUAUAAAACAUAAAAUAUGAUAAUUCAUAAGAUGGUUACUAUGAGAAAAGACAAAAUGGAUUAGAGUAGUUAGCAUAGAAAAUAAGAAUCAGAGGAUUUCAAUCAAAUUGUAGUCUAGGAACUAGGGAGCAAUGAUAAGCUGUAGUAAAUGAAAAAAGAAAAUGUGAAGGCUGCCUCCAGUUUCCAGAAAUCUGCUACUCAUAUAUCUAAGGACUCUAUAAACUAGUCCUAGCAAAUUAUACAGCAUUAUAUGGAUAAUGCUGAUGAGGAAAGAGUUGAGGACAUAGACUAUGAACUUGCUGAUGAUUAAAUUACAACAAAGCCUAAAAAUAAGAAAGGAAAGAGUAAGUUUAUGACAAAAAAUAAAAACCUAUCAACAACAAAACUUAACAUAGUCUCUCGAAAAUCAUUAGCUAUCGAUACUUAAAGUAUAACAGAGAGUAGCGGUAAAAUGAUAUAUGAAUAAAGCACGAUAGAUUUGAAUCAGACUACAACUUUCUCUGAUCUGAUGAAUAAAAGGCCUAAAUUUAUUUACAUUCCAACAGAACUGAUUAUGAAUGAAAUCGUCCUUAGUUGUGUGAAUGACUACAUUUAAAUAACAGGAUUUAUCAAUGAUGACAAUAAUCAUAAUCCUUUGAGCAAUAAUAAGAAUAAUGACGAUAUAUUGAAUACUGAUCCUGAUAUUGAUGAUGUAUUCUCUAGAGUAUUAAUAACUGAGACUAUUAAUUUCUGA